AUGACAUCCGUCUACAGCCCGGGCUCGCCCAUCCUCCUCCCCCACGGCGCGCGCAUAUUUAAUCGGCUCGUCGAUUUCCUUCGCAAGCAAUACGUCCAGUAUGGCUUCCAAGAGGUCAUCACGCCCACCAUAUACAAGAAGGCGCUUUGGGCCACGUCGGGCCACCUCGAGAACUACGCCGACGAUAUGUACACGGUGACAAGCACCUCCGCCUCUCGCGCCGAUGACGCCGAGUAUGGCCUCAAGCCUAUGAACUGCCCCGGCCACUGCCUUAUCUUCGCGUCGCAAGGCCGGAGUUACCGCGACCUCCCAAUCCGCUACGCCGACUUUAGCCCGCUGCACCGGAACGAGAUCUCGGGCGCUCUGAGCGGCCUCACGCGCGUGCGCAGAUUCCACCAAGACGACGGGCACAUCUUCUGCCGCCCAUCUCAAAUCAGGGAGGAGAUCUCCAAGACGCUCGACUUUGUCCGCCUCACCUACGGCAUCCUCGGCCUUGGGCCGUACCGGCUAGUGCUCUCCACCCGGCCGGAACAGUAUAUCGGGUCAAUAGAUGAUUGGGCCCAGGCCGAGGAGGCGUUGAAAAGGGCGCUCACGGAGAGCGGGAAUGACUAUACCAUCAACGAGGGCGACGGGGCCUUCUACGGCCCGAAGAUCGACAUCAUCUUGAAGGAUUCGGACGGAAAAGAGCACCAGACGGCGACCAUUCAGCUCGACUUCCAGCUCCCCAAGCGAUUUGGCUUGAAAUACACAGCGCCGGCUCCGGAGUUCGAGAGACGGGGCGAGACCACGACCGACCCCGAAUUGCUGGCCGAAUACGGCCCCGUCCAGCCGGUGCUCAUUCACCGCGCUGUACUCGGCUCAGCAGAACGGCUCAUGGCGCUGCUGAUCGAGCAUUACAACGGAAAGUGGCCGUUCUGGUUGAACCCGCGCCAGGCCAUCGUCAUCACCGUCAACAGUACAGAGCCCGUGGUGCGGUGGGCACGCCACACGCGUGAUGUGCUCCUCGGGCUGUCGCCUGCCCCCGCAAGCGCAACUCCUGCGUCGCCCACGGGGCUUGCCGUUGAUUUCGAUGACAGCGACCGCACGGUAGGGCUGAAAGUGCGCGAAGCCACUUCGAAGGGGUACGGGGUGAUCGUCACGGUCGGCCCGGAUGACCUCCUGAACAACACGGUUUGCAUCAACGCGGCCGCCCUCGCUGGCCCCAACGAGAGCGCCGAGCAGCUCAAGAAGCUGAGAAGGAUCAACAUGACGCCGGAAGAGGCGCGCGACUUCAUGCUUUCCAAGGUGAAUUCCGCAUACAACGCCAUGGACCUAACCAACCCCUCGGACCCGCCGCCGGAUUACAUCACGGCCGCCCGCGCCCACGGCAUCCCCCUCCGCCAGAGCGCCCCGAUCAAGAAGGGCCCCUACCCUCUCGAGCUGCCGAUCCUCUCCUACCUGCGCUCCAAGCGGGUAAUCUUGGCCAGCGCCUCGCCCCGACGGAAAGCCCUCCUCACACAACUCGGCCUCCCAAACCUCGAGGUCUUCCCGUCCAACGAGCAGGAAGACCUCGACAAGCGGACGCACGCGCCCGAGGAAUACGUCGCGGCGACCGCCGAGCGCAAGUGUCUCGCCGUGUACCGAGCGGCGCUCGCCAAGCAGGAAGAGUGGCAGCAGCAGCAGCAGCAGCAAAAGCAGAAGCAAGACGGCGGCGACUCGGGCGACUACUCCGCGGUGCCGCACGACCCGAACCCGCGGCAGCACGAGGAGCCGGCGGUGGUGAUCGCGGCGGACACGGUGAUCGCGACGCGGGCGGGGCAGAUCCUGGAGAAGCCGCGGUCCGAGGCGGAUCACGCGCGCAUGCUGCGGCACCUGCGCGACACGGAGGAGCACCGCGUGCUGACAGGCGUGUGCGUGCUGGCGCCGCGCGCCGACGCGGCCCACCCCGGCUACGAGCUGGCCUCGCACGUCGAGGCCACGCGCGUGCGCUUCGCCGCCGCCGACGACGGCCUGCCCGACGACGUCAUCGACGCCUACGUGCGCACCCGCGAGGGCGCCGACAAGGCCGGCGGGUACGCCCUCCAGGGCGUCGGCGGCAUGCUGCUUGUCGAGAAGGUCGACGGCAGCGUGGACAACGUGAUCGGCCUGCCGGUGAGGAAGUGUUUGCAGUUGUGUGAGAAGGUCGUCUUUCGGCAGGAGGUGGAGGAUGAUCACGAGGGCGGCGAGGACGACGAGUGA